UUUUCCUUUCAUCUGGUCUAGCUGCUGCUGCGACUGCGGUCUGCGAUUUUGCGUGUUCUCCGAAUGAGAAAAGAAAAGGACCACAUCCUAUACAGUCGGACGGAGCACGUUGAACUAUUUCGCAAAUUAGACUAUUUAACUUUGCCGCAGUCCGCACAAAUUUCUGAAAACAAAGCCCUUCAUCAUAAAUUCCAGUGCUCGUCUCUUUGUCGGCAUUUUCACAAGAGACUCGAAACUUAGCCCAUUUAUGUAAUUUGAACUCUGAAUCCGGUCAUAUAAAAAACUGGUUCCACUCCAAACUCCGCAUCACGCUUGAUUUUGCAACAAGUCGGCGCUUAUAUCAAGGUCUUCUGCUUCAUUUACGUGCCGCAAAAACUGUUGUGUAGCAGCUCUCGACGCACAAUGCGCGGAAUCAUCAGCGGACUUGGCGCCGCCGGAGGAGCCCUGCUUCUUUAUUCAGCGUUUAAGGACAAGAAAAGGGUCGCUGCGUCGUGGACGGUGCCCCAUGUCGCGCCAGAGGAGUACCAUCCCAAAUGGGACUCAAAUUGGGACAGGAGAGAUCCCAAAAGUUUGGUGAAACCGAUCAAGGGCAAGGAUGGAAAGUACGACGUCCCUGAAGAGAACACAGGCUCUGCCAAGGCUACCGUCGUCAGACACAUCCUCCUCAUCAGACACGGACAGUACAACAUGUCAGGAAAAAUGGACAAAGAAAGAACCCUCACUGAAAUUGGUCAGCAGCAGGCAGAUCUGACAGGCCGCAGACUGGCAGAGCUGGCUCUGCCGUACUCGAGUUUGAUCAGGUCGACAAUGACGAGGGCCAUCGAAACCGCCAACAUCAUCAGCAAGCAUUUGCACAAAGACAUUCCCAGCGAGACUUGCCCGCUUCUUCAUGAAGGAGCCCCCGUUCCUCCAGAGCCCCCUGUCGGGCACUGGAGACCAGAACAGCACCAGUUCUUUGAGGAUGGAGCGAGGAUCGAAGCCGCCUUUCGUAAGCAUUUUCACAGAGCAGAUCCAGGACAGGAACAUGAUUCGUAUGAUGUGCUAGUCUGUCAUGCAAAUGUGAUCCGGUACUUUGUGUGCAGAGCCCUUCAGUUCCCUCCAGAAGCUUGGUUGCGCUUCUCACUGCAGCAUGGUUCCAUCACCUGGCUAAGUGUUCAGCCAAGUGGCCGAGUUACCCUGAGGGCUCUGGGAGACACAGGUCACAUGCCGCCCAAUCUGUUGACUUCGAGUUGACCUUUGAAAGUAAAUACCUCGCUGUGAUCGAACAUGUGACCAGACGCCAGCUUUGUUAUCUCUACUAAAAUUACUCUUUCUCCUUUGUCUUUACUCACUAAUUUAAAUUGUUGAUUUGGUUUAUAGGUUGUGAAAUUGAAGUCAGUACAUAAAUUUUUUUGUCCUCGGAAAAGGGAGGAAUUUUAUUUGAGUGCUUUGACAUUUCGAUAUGGAAGUUUUAAUUUGACGUUAAUAGUCUUACAACGUAGAGGGAACAAAAUUGCUAAUUACUAUUGUAAAACAGGUUAUACACCUAAUGUGCAGCAACUUUUGUUUCAAAAUACACGCAUUUCCACAUAAUGAAAGCAAAAAACUCUAUAUAUUUUUAGCAUUCGUUACUCUUACUGAAAAUGAUUUGUUUCGUAAGCUCAUCAGUUUGUUUGUUUAUCAAUCCACCUUGGUUGAGAUAAGAAAUAAACUAAAAUCACAAAGAA